GAUGUCUGCCCUCUUCGACAGCACAGCAGUUUUACCCAUAGAUAUGAGCUGUGUGUCUACGACCACAUUCAGCCCCGAGCAGCUGCGUCUCUCCAGCCUUCCCUGACGCCGACUCAACCAUACUGAUGAGCCCGGGGAGCCGCGCGCCUCCUCCUGACGUCGCCUCCUUUCCCUCACACCGGCUUGCGCAACAACAGUGACCGAGCGAGCCGCGGAAGCGCAGCCUCCCCCCUCCCAGCAGCCUCGCACUCUCACCGGCUCUUCCACACCCGAACGCGGACCUUUGGAACAGAUCCGUCCGAGGGUGGGUGAUGCGCACGUCGCCGCCGCCGCCGCUACCUCGGCACGGCCACUCUUACAUCGGCAUCGGUACACCCGCGUGAAUUCGGCAACUGUGAGCACAUCUGCACCUCAAAGAGGAGCCAUGCACGACACUGUCGCACCACUGCCCGCCUGCAGUCCUCCUCCUCGGCACAGUCCCUCGGGCUCCCUCGCUACCAACCCGGAGGAGCCGAUGCAAGCUUGCUAAAGAAGAAUAAGGAAAGAAAAGACCCACAACCGACACUUCUAGAACCUUUUUUUCUUUUUCGGUGGAGCGGAAUUGGAAGCCUUGAUCGACGCGCAUAUUGAUUGGUUUUCCUUUGGAUCAUGCAGAGAUUAUUACUACGGUGAAGGAGAGAGCAAAUAAAGGAUGGAUCCGGUUAUGUACGUUGUGGGGGUACUGGUGCUGCUCGUGGAGGGCGUCCGUUCCCAAGGAGUGUACGCACCCCCUACCGUCCGCAUCAUUCACUCUGGGCACGCCUGCAACGUGGAAGAGGAGCGGCACACGGAGCGCGUCUACACCAUCCGAGAGGGCGAGACCCUGGAGCUCAGCUGCCUGGUGACGGGGCAUCCUCGGCCGCAGAUCAGAUGGACCAAGACUGCUGGCAGUGUGUCGGACCGGUUCCAGGACUCCAGCGUCUUCAAUGAGACGCUGCACAUCGCCACGAUCCUGAGGACGCAGGGUGGCCGCUACUACUGCAAGGCGGAGAACGGCCUCGGCUCGCCCGCCAUCAAGUCUAUCCGAGUGGACGUCUACUACCUUGAUGACCCAGUGGUGACGGUGCACCAGAGCAUUGGGGAGGCGAAGGAGCAGUUCUACUAUGAGCGGACGGUGUUCCUUCGCUGUGUGGCCAACUCCAACCCGCCGGUGCGCUACAGCUGGCACCGCGGCCGCGAGGUGCUGACCCAGGGCUCGGACAAGGGCGUGGAGAUCUACGAGCCCUUUUUCACGCAGGGGGAAACGAAGAUCCUGAAGCUGAAGAACCUGCGACCGCAAGACUACGCCAACUACAGCUGCGUGGCCUCUGUCAGGAACGUGUGCGGCAUUCCUGACCGCAGCGUCAUCUUCCGGCUCACCAACAAGACAGCCUCACCGUCCAUCAAGCUGCUGGUGGAGGACCCCAUCGUAGUGAACCCCGGCCAGACGGUGUCGCUGGUCUGCAUCACCACCGGCGGGGAGCCGCCGCCACUCCUCACGUGGUUCACCGCCAACGACAGUUUGCCGCAGAGGAGCAUGGUGAAGGGCGGCACGCUCACGCUACCCGCCAUCAGCUCGGACGAGGCGGGCAUCUACAGUUGCGUGGCCAGCAACAACGUGGGCAACCCGGCCAAGAAGUCCACCACCAUCGUCGUCCGAGCGUUGAAAAAGGGCCGCUUCUGGAUCACUCCUGACCCGUACCACAAUGACGACAACAUCCAGAUCGGUCGGGAAGUCAAGAUAUCGUGUCAGGUGGAGGCGACGCCCCCGGAGGAGCUCACCUUUAGCUGGCUGAAGAACGGCCGCGCCCUGCGCAGCUCGGAGCGCAUGGUCAUAACGCAGACGGACACGGACAUCUCGCCCGGCACCACCAACCUGGACAUCAUCGACCUCAAGUUCACCGACUUCGGCACAUACACGUGCGUAGCGGCGCUGAAGGGUGGCGGCAUUCCGGAGAUCAGCAUCGACGUCAACAUCUCCUCCACUACUGUUCCCCCCAACCUGACAGUCCCCCGGGGCAAGUCCCCCCUGGUGGCCCGUGAGGGUGACACAGUGGAGCUGGAGUGCCUUGUUUCAGGGAAGCCCAAGCCUAUUAUCCUGUGGUCGCGGGCAGAUAAGGAGGCGCCCAUGCCGGACGGCGGAAUGCAGACGGAGAGCUACGACGGAGCGUUGCGCAUCGUCAACGUGACGCGGGAGAUGACCGGAUCGUACCAAUGCCAGACCAGCCAGUACAACGGAUUCAACGUCAAACCCCGCGAGGCAGUGGUGGAGCUCAUCGUCCAAUACCCCCCCACAGUGGAGCCAGUCCACACGGAACUACGUCAGGGCCUGGGCCGGCCCGUGGUGAUGACGUGCCGGGUGUUGCGGGCUCACCCGUCGCGCGUGCUGCGCUUCGAGUGGCUGCUGUCCAACCGGCUGCUGCACGCCGGCGCUUUCGACGUGCAGCGGGACGACACCGAGUACACCAUCCGGAGUCUGAACCGCGACGGCUGGGGCGAGUACACCUGCAAAGUCAUCAACGAGGCCGGCGCGGGAAAAUGCACCUUCCACGUCACAGGCAAGGCCUACGCUCCCGAGUUCUACUACGACACCUACAGCCCUCUGUGGCAGAACCGGCCCAGGAUCUACGACUUCAAGCUCCAGUGGACGCAGAUGAACCCUAACGCCGUAGACCGCAUCGUGGCUUACAGACUCGGCCUCAGACAGAUGGGACAACAGCGAUGGUGGGAGCAGGAGAUUCCCAUGGAUGGGCCGAUCAACAAAGGAGAGCUCAUGACCCACAACCUGACCGAGCUCAUCAAGCCAGAGUCCUAUGAAGUGCGUCUUACCCCCAUCACUCGUUUCGGCGAGGGCGACUCCACCGUUCGGAUUGUCACCUACAGCGCUCCCAUCAACCCUCACCUAAGAGAGUUCCACUGCAGCUUCGAGGAGGAGCCCAUCUGCAUGUUCACCCAGGAGAAGAACGACGACUUUGAUUGGACACGGCACAGCGCCGCCACGCGCGACACCAAGUACACGCCCAACACGGGGCCCAGUGGCGACCGCGCCGGCUCCAAGCAGGGGUUCUACAUGUACAUCGAAACGUCGAGGCCACGGAAGGAAGGGGAUCAGGCGCGACUCGUCAGUCCGUUUUUCAACAUCGCCCCGAAGAACCCCUACGGCAUCGCCAACCCGCCGGCCUACUGCUUCGGCUUCUUCUACCACAUGUAUGGGAAACACAUAGGGACGCUAAACGCCUUAGUGAAGCAAAAGGGCCUAGCCAGCCCAGAUGGGCCAGUGUGGUCGCUAAGCGGUAACCAAGGGGAGCGCUGGAAGCAGGCCAAAGUCAGCGUGCAUCCGAUGGCGUCAUUUCAGGUGGUACUCGAGGGAAUCCGAGGACCGGGCAUCGAGGGCGACAUCGCCAUCGAUGACGUCACGUUGGAGGAAGGGGAGUGUCGAGACCCGCCGCCCAACCUUAGUGCCAUUGCUCAGUCCACCUCCCUGCAUAUAUGGCUGCUGUGCGUCACCGUGGUUAUAACCCUCCUGGAGGGCCAGAGGUGACCUUUCUGGCCGUCGUCUCAGAGGCCGACCUUCAGACCCGCAGUCUGUGAGCUGUACCCUCGGCAACCCAUCACCAAAGAUUCACGCAUCCCGAAAGCGGCGACGGUCCCCUCCAGCCCCAGUGGAUCGCAUUGGGACAGAAAUGAAGACAUUGAACUGGGUUAAAAGAAAAAUAAAUAAUCUGAAGAAAAAGUCCUAAAAAUGUGCAAAUUUUUUGAAGGGGAAAAAAAUAUUCUUUGACAGUACAGUGCUCCUCGGUGCGGGACUCUCUUCAUGAGCACAAAGAGUGAACUUUGGCGGUGCAUCGAGGGAGGGGCAGUUUGUAAAGCACAAGAACAAUUUUAUGAAGUUAUAUGAAAAAAUAUAUAUAUAUAAAUAUAUAAUCUUUGCAAGGCAGCGGAAUAUAAAAAUGCUGCUGACAUUUUGAAGGAGGAAAUUGAAUCAGACCUUUCUCUGUGUAACUUUAUCUUCAUUUCCCUCGCACCAGAUGCCAAUCGCUUGUUUUUUUUCCCCACCGGCCUCGUUUUUGUUUUUAUCUGCUUGGUGCUGUUCUGAAGAAAAACAAGACCUCUGGCCACGUUUUGUUCUGUCUGCUUUAAGACCCUCCCCCCAUCCCCCAUGGCUGCCUAUGUACUUUUUACACUGUGCUCACCAGUCCAAGUGGCCAACUGAUGGUAUGAUGGCAGAACAAAAAGGGGGGAAAAAAAUGGCGAAAAGACAGCUGGACUACAGGGCGGGUCGAGAAGUCCAGGACGUGAUUGAUUACGGUACGACAGUCUGAUGAGCGAAGCCUGACGCAGAGUCGCGUCGGUCCACUGGAGACAAAGAAGAAGCCACUUUUCUUUCUGCCAUGAAACAAAGUGCCUUCAAGAUUACAACGCGGAAUCCCGAGCCCGGCUGUCGCGCAACAUCGAACACGCGCAUCCAUGCUUCGCCUGAUGGCCUAUUUUCUACAUGCGCCUCUUUUCGUCCCCCACACAAGUGCUGACGGGGUAUCGGGUCUCGGAGGCCAAGGAUCGUUGGCUAGACCGCAUGACGGCUUGGAAACUAAACAACAAAUGCAGGCUCUGAUUAUUUUUCAAUGGAUAAAGACACUCAUUGAAUUGACUACCCAACUGAGGUAGCCUUUUUUUUUUUUUUUUUUUUUUAAAUAAUCAAAAAUGAGAGGGACCUUGGGUGGCCCGCUCCUCUCUGCCGCCAUUUCUACGACAACGCUACCAGAACACAAAAGAUAUGAAUAAUAAUGAUAAUAAUGUUGAUAAUAGUCCUGAUAUUUUAUUACUGCAGCGAGAAUGUUUCUCUGCUUUUACACAAACUGUGAAGAUUUGACUGUGGACGAUCUACCUGAGACCAUAACCUUAACCAGCUGGGGUUUUUAAGAAAUGUAUUGUAAAAACAAAACAAACAAACAAAAAAACAACAACAAAGAAAAUGAGAAAUGUUCUGUUCAUCGUUGGUUGUGACAAAUGCUUUGAGGACUUUUUUUUUUUUCCCCCCUCUUCCGUUCUUUCGUCCCCCUUGCAUUGCCAAAAUAUCCAAGCGGACGGAAGCGUUACGAAUGAUGCCGAUCGUGUACGUUGUAUAACUUUUAAAUGUUAAAGAAUCUCUAUGGCAGAGGUUUAUGAUCAGUGUUUUAUGUUGGCAUCCGGGAAGCACAACAUUUCAGUUUAUGAAAUACAUUUUUAUAUUUCACCGCACAAACAGGAAUUUACUAGGAUCUCAUACAAAACGUUCCGCGAUUAAUUAAAAACUGCCUUUUUUGUUUUGUCCAUACAAAAACUAAACUACCUCCCAUCAGAGGUACGGUGAGUCCUCGGUUUACAAUCAAUUUCCAUUCCUACGCCAGCAACCUCUCCCAAGUUUGUCAUCAGACCGUGUUGUUAACCGACACUAACACAGCAGUCAAGUCAUCAAGUAAAUAUUUGUAUGAAAAAAUCUUCUAGGCCAUAAAUAUAAAACAAUCAAAUAAAAUACAGUGGUAACAAUCAAAUACGUACAGCGGUAAGUGUGUAAACUUUGUGCGCCCUUCGUAACCUGAAAACGUAUGUCGGUUCCAUCGUAAACCGAGGACCCCCUAAAUUCAGUUUGUUGAAGCCAUUUUUCAGGCUUGUCUUAGAUAGCUGCAAGAAAGGCAGCAACUUGGGGCUAAAUACAGCGUGAACGAAGUGGACAUUUCGUACGAUUUCCUCCUAAAUUCCUGCUCGAGAAGCUGAAUGACUUCUGGGUGGCCGACUAUACGUGUUCAGCAAACGUAGCGGAAGCCCGGAUUUGCUGAGUUAGAGGGCGACGAGGACCUGAUACGAUGAAAAAGAUGCUGAGCAAAACAGAGCAGAAUGAUGGGCAUCCUAUUGUUUUUAUUUCACACAAUUCCUCCCUGUGUUUAUACUCCUACACGGCUGUGCUCAUAAUGAAUGUACAGUAUGGCAGUACCUUUGUUGGGACAUUUUGUUUGCGUGUUUUACAGUGAGAAACUUUCCAAAUACCUACAGAAGUCUAACUUUUCCAGCGGUUGUUUGUCGCUGUCAUUUGUUGCUUUAUCAUAGCUAAUGAAAAGUGCCAAAUUUCCCCUGAAAGUGUUAGCGAGUACGCCGCUCCUUCCCUUUGUCAAAUUCUGUCUUGGUAUCACUUCUGAGGUAUAAACGGUUUGAUAUUCCGAGAAAUACGACGAUAAGAUGAUGGAUGUGAUGAGACCUGCCAAGGUUAGCUACUGUUGGGAAGUAGGAUAUUCCUUACAAGAUCCGUCCUUAAAGCAUUUCAGUCAAAAGUAAACAAAAACAUGGUCAAAGACCUCAAUAAGUGUUGUCAAGCAUUAGAGGGAGGGACAUUGAAAAUUAUAUGCAACCUAAAAGGCUCAUCUUAUGUUGGCAGCAUACAAAAAAGGAGGACUCAAUUUUCUGGAAUUUGGCGUGAAAGUCUAAAAAUCGUUUGUCUAAAUGCUGAAAUACCUUAAUGGCAAGUUGGAUUUUUACAAGAAAGGUUUAACACAAAUCCUCGUCCACAAAAAUAUUCAUGCUACCCCUGGACAUUCAUUAUAAAUGACAAAAUCUCUGUGAUGUACAACCCCAAUUCCAAUGAAGUUGGGAUGUUGUGUUAAACAUAAAUAAAAACAGAAUACAAUGAUUUGCAAGUCAUGUUCAACGUAUAUUUAAUUGAAUACACUACAAAGGCAACAUAUUGAAUGUUCAAACUGAUAAACUUGGUUGUUUUAGCAAAUAAUCAUUACCUUUUAAUUUUAUGGCUGCAACACGUUCCAAAAAAACUGGGACAGGGUCAUGUUUACCACUGUGUUACAUCACCUUUUCUUUUAACAACAUUCAAUAAACAUUUGGAAACU